AUGGCCAUUGAACUGGAUACCUUGCCUUCUUGCAGGAGCCCUGAGCUACCAUAUAAGAAUUUUGUUGCUCUACUGGAGAAGUUCUGUGGAGAGGUCAUAAGAGUAAGCCACCUGAAGCAUCAUGGCAGAGUCAAGAGGAGGAAGAAAGGUGGAACAUUUAAAGGUAAGAGUUGCAAAGCUUAUGAGAUGGAAGUAAAGAAGGCAAGAAAGCUACUAAGUCUUCUGAAAGGAAGUCAUGCAUGUGGGGGGUUACGAGGGCUUCAGUUGGCCCCACUCCUGCCAGACCAACAGGCCCUCCUAUUCUUGUACUGGUCCUGGCUGCAGCUUUGUAUCUCCUAUCUCUGCAGCCCCCUGGGCCAGCACCACGAUACCAUCCGCCUUCGUCAAAUGUUAUGUCCAGAUCCAUCCUGUGAGGUGUGUAACAGAACAACUGCUGAGGUCAGUCAGCUGCUGUUUGGAGAGCCCGUGGAAGAUGCUGCUUCCUGUGUGUCCCCUGUGGCUCCCACAGUGCCUGUGACUGAGUCAUCUUUCCCUCUGGCCCCCUCAGCACAGCCUCCAGAAGACCCAAUACCAUCCUCUCUACCUCUCUCCUCCCUCCUCUCCCAGGACCUGAAAACAUCCUUGGUUGAUUCUCUUUCACCCUCACCACCGGGUGACUCUCUGCCACCAGAGCCUGUUUCUCCCUUGGAUUCCACAUUCCCAGUGAACCACUUUCCACCCCAAUCACAUGCCUCCUCCCCAUUCCUGCUACAGCACACUCCGAGUGUGGAUCAUGUUCCACAACCAGAUUCUUCUUUGACUUUGAAGACCAUCUUCUCCCUUGACCUCUCCUUGUCUCAAGACAUGAACCCCUCACCGUAUUUGUCCCACUCAGCGAAUCUCACUGAUUCAGUCACUUGUCACUACACACCACCAACUCUGUCUGCCUCACCACCGCAAGACUGCACUUCAACUGUGACUCAAUCUAAAUUGAUACCAACCUCACUGAAAUCUGUCUCUGAGAGCUCAUCUUCAGAGAGCCCUGGUGGGUUGGCCCCUUAUAGUCCAACAGUCACAGGCACAAACCGUUCAGAAUUCUCCUGGCCAGCUCAUGCUAAGGAACAGUUACCCUCCACCUUGACACAGUGUGAUGUCAACAAAGAGGCCCCUGCCCUCUAUCCUUCAGAGGUCUCUUUGAGAAGCCUUGCAACCAACUCAGAGGCUAGUAACCUCUCUUUUCUCAGUCCUGAUGUCCUGGCUCUCCUGGAGAGGCAGGUAAAGAGAGAUUUCCUGAAGAAGGAAAAGAUUAAAAACGAGGCUGUUCCAGACCAUCUUCGGCCAGAUGACCAACUAAAACACAACUUAGCAGCCUCUGUGCCCUUCCAGGGUAUGGAAGGCAAUCAGGAAUCUCCAUAUCCUAAGACCUUUGGAGACCACGUACAUCCACAACACGUUCAGCUCUUCUGGGGUCUACCGUCUCUGCACAGUGAGUCCCUAGCAUCUAUGGUGGUCUCAACUGGCUAUUCCUCAGACUUUGUCUAUUUUAAUAGACUACCCUUAUCUCUGUCCUUGCCUGAGAUUCAGCCUCAAACCUUAUCCCAGUCCCUGCAUUUACAUCAUACUUGGGUCCAGUUCCAGGCUCACCUUCAAUCCCAGCUCCAAAACCUACCACCUUCUCCACCCAACAAUGAGGAACAGUCUCUUUCCCAAGAAACAGUUGACUGCCUGGAGCAGCAUGUACUACAGAAACAACUGGAAAAUGUAUUGGGUAUACCCCCUGUUGUCCAAAAAUCUCAGGAAGCCUUUUGUCCUCCAGCUCCUAACUUUCCUCAGCACCACCAGCACUACCAGACCCAUGCUCCAAUAACUAUCAUUCCUGGAAAUUUUCCUCUCAGCAGUGAAGUAAGAAAACUCCUCGAACACCACCUGCGAAAGAGGCUCAUUCAACAUCGGUGGGGCCUGCCCCGCAGGAUCCGUGAGUCUCUGCUGCUGAUGAGGCCUCCAGAUGAAUUUCCAGAGAUAUCUGAAUCAAAGAGCACUUACGGACUCACAUGGAUCCGUGAGUUUAACAGCCAGACCAGCAUGGAUCUAAAUGGUGAGGGAUUGAGCCGCCGAAGAAGCUUCUAUGAAAGGAGCCUAGAACCAAUUCGAUUAGAAAAGGCCAUGAGGAGGGCUUACUUAGAAAAGAAGAUGAGGAAGGGUCGGAGACAUAGCCCAGAGAAUAUCCCAAAAGGUCAUCUGUCAAAAGACCCAAAAAGUCACAGGAUAAGUCUGUCAGGGGAUAAUUCAAGGGCCUUGAAAACACAUUUGAGCAAUAAGCUUGGACAAAUCAAGGAGGGUAGGAUCCCUGAGGUUGUAGAUAGCUCAUGGCAUGCUGUCAAAAAGACAUCAACUCUUCCUGAGAAAUCCCACACCCAAAUUAAAAGCAGAAAUUUGGCACCAUUUGUGGGUGGAGACUGCUACCUUAAUAUUUGUCAGGAGCUUCCAUUUAUUGAUUCAAGCACAAAACAAAGGUUGGAAGACCAUAUUAAAAAUUUUCAUCUGAGGAUGAUAGAGGGCCUUCCCGGCAAAGUUCUAGAAUCCCUGCAAAUCUUUCAAAUGAGGGAAUGCCCAUCUUUUCCCUUUCCCUAUUCCAACUUGCCCUCAUCAACCACUCUUCUAUCUGAGACAGACUCCAAAAUGGAAGUUUCUGAGCCCCUUCGAGAAAGUCUUGAAACGUUCUGGGGAGACAAGAUGACAGAAUUUGUCGUGGAUUAUCCUGUACCUGCCACCUCGCCUGUGGACAAGAAAGGGCAGGGGGCCCUGAGACAAUCACCCCCUGACAUCGAUUGUGAGCUUCACGUAAGCCCAGAGCUGCCCACAAGUCAAAGUGGAACUGGACGUACUCCAAGGGACGACUGUACAAGUUCCAGGGAAACAGCAGGAAUGGCCAGCGUGUCCAGGGAGAUAUUCAAGGUGGAGGAGCUCCGUGCUCUUCAAUCACAAUCAGUAGAAACAAAACUGAUGGCUGAAAGUCCCCUCUUGCCAAGAAUAUCAGCUGUCCAAGAUCCUGAUCCAUCAUACCUUAAAAGACAGCUGAUCAAUGAAUUAAAGUUUACAUUGAAGGCCAGGCAGUUUAGCCAGGCCCGAGGCUCAUCAACUAACACGUCUCAUGCCUCAGAUAGCUUGUCUUCCACUGACUUACUGUGGAAUGGCUCACCCACACAUGCCCAGAGUAUCUCCAGUGGUUACAUGGCAGCUCCCCAGGUGCUGAAUGUCCACAUGAAGGACAGAGGGAUCAACAUGAAGCAGCAACAGGAGCCCUGGGUCCCUGAGCAUGUCUUAGGGAAGUGCCAGGAUAAGAAUUUCCCACCAAAGAGAGUGAACCCUCAGCGACCCAAAGCAGAAGAGCUGGGAGGAGGAGAUGCAGCAUUGGGGACCUCUCAAACCAGAAGGAAGAGCUACCCUGCUCGUGACAAGAAAUCCGAGGAGGCCUUUGGGAGCAGGUCCUCCCAGUCCCUGUCACAGAAGGAAGAACAGUCUCCUCCUGAGAGUAAUUUUAUGAAGAAAUUCUUACAGUGGCUUCAUCCAAGAAUGGGGAAAGCCAGCUCCACGCCAGCCUCUGUACAGAGUAGUGGCCCAAGGAGAAGUCAAGGUCAGAAACCUCUGAUGUCUGGAAAGUUCCUAGAGAAGGAACAGGGGCAUAGGCUUAGAACAGAUACCGCCUGCCCCCGAGAGUCCCUUUGCACCCAUAUGAAGUUUGUCCAGGGGCCUCCUUUUAACUCCAGGGCUCCCUCCCAUAAAGCAAGUACCAAGGCCUGCAGCCAAGAAGCUCUCCCUGCUGGCCAGAGUUGUCCUGUCCGGGGGCCUCCUUUCAACUCCAGGGCUCCCUCCCGUAAAGCAAGUACCAAGGUCUGCAGCCAAGAAGCUCUCCCUGCUGGCCUGAGUUGUCCUGUCCAGGGGCCUCCUUUUAACUCCAGGGCUCCCUCCCAUAAGGCAUGUACCAAGGCCUGCAGCCAAGCUCCUCUCCCUGCUGGCCACCCCCAGAAAAUGAAAGGAUUCCAGGGCCAGGUACCUUCUCAGAGGCAGACCCCUCACGCCCCCCAGGGGCUCUGCAUCUCAUCCAGGCUCCACCAGCAUGAGUUCAACCUGCCAGGUGCCUCAGGCCCCCUUUCCUAG